CAUAUGAUGCUGUUUGCGAGAAUCUUUAUUAUAAUGAUGAUGAAAAGUACUACCGGAAACCGUACAACUUCCAUUCAUACCGUUUCAUGGCUCAAGCUAGAUCGGAUGGUUCGUCAGAGUACUAUGAGGAUGUGGCAAGCUUUCUAAGUGCCAGGAAAACUUUGGACUCUUCUAAAUGGGGAUUUUCUAUCGGGAUUGCGAUGGUUCAGAUUGGCCUUUCGGGGAGUGACGAGUCUCACUUCCUCAGCAACAUAUCACAGUACGCCAACCAGAAUGUAGGCGUAGUGAGACUUGUAUCCACAGUGCAGACGGCCCAGUUUAAGAUGAGGAGCAGGGACUUGGUCUUGCACGAGGACAUGCUGCAGUCUCUCAUGGAGCUUCCAGAGGAGUACGACUUUGGCUCGUAUGCCCAGCUCUUCAACAAGUACGGCACCCACCACAUCACCGACGGCACCAUGGGAGGAGUGCUGGAGUACGUUCUGAUUCUCAACAAGGAAGCCAUGGAGAAAUCUGCGGUGCAUGGCAAAAUGGUAGGGCAUUGCUUUGGAGUUUCCAUUGGUCUGACCCUGGGUUUUGGAAAAACUGGAGCUGCCGCCACACUGAAGGCGGGAGUGAAUAAUUGUGAAAAGAUUGGCGAACGGGAUGAGAGUGGUGAUUCAUCCAGUAGUUUUAUCAGAGAUGCGUUCACACUGGUGAAAGGGGGAACACUUCCGGGUACAGCGGGCGUCAAGACCAUCAGAGAUGCAAAUGCAUUCAAGACCUGGGGCAAAUCACUGAAAUACAGCCCUGAUCUUAUUGACUUUGAGACCAUACCAGUGUAUGAGCUUGUACGCUUCAGCACUGCAGCGGACCAGGCCAAGACGAGGCUCCCACACCUGAGGAGGGCCUGGGAGGAGUAUGAGCAGCAGUACAGCGCGUGCCGCUGCGCCCCCUGCAGGCACAACGGCGUCCCUGUCCUCACCCGGACCUCCUGCAGCUGUGAGUGCAAGUCGGGCUACAGAGGAGAAGCCUGCGAGGAGACUUACAGACAAGGUUCUACUGAUGGCUCAUGGAGCUGCUGGGGCGGCUGGUCCUCCUGUCAAUCAAAUAAAAAGACCCGGACACGAGCAUGCAACAACCCCCAACCAGCAGGUGGUGCACCGUGCCUGGGAAACCCUAUGCAAACCCACUCCUGCUGAAAAAGAAGUAGAUCAGAAGAGGAAGCCGAGGGCACUAACCUGGGACCAACCCAAGCUAUAUUCAGAAAAUGCAUUUGGACACGUUUUAACCAGAAUCUAAUCAAGACCGCAGUCUUUUCUACUUACACCUGGAACUUCUUUAUCUACUGUCCCUGUGUUCUGUUAAGAGUCAGAUCUUUGAUUGAGACUGAGAGUUGGUAAUAAUAAAUAUAAUUGAACAACGAA